UAAAUCACUCAUCGAGGAGUAUAAAUCAAUCUUUAAGUCAUAUGAUGGAGGAAGAGUGGUAUAUAUGCUUCAACUAUUUUUGGCCUAGCCAUAAAGUUGAUCUCACUCGAUAAGGAAAGCCUUGUUUGUUUAAUUGUUUCUACAAGGAAACUUCGAAUUACAUUAUAGACUUAAACGAUAGGAAAUCAUAUGAAUCUGGAUAUGAUUGAUGGGCGAGAGACGUCUUGCUUAAGUUGUCGGAUCAAAAUUAAAAAAGAGAAUGCUAGAGUUAGAAUUGCAGUAGAUGUAUAAAAACAGAGCAAGUCUAUGCGACCCUGCCCAUGUCGAAAUAGAAAUACUAUUAGGAACGAUACAUAGAGCUAUCCCUUAUCCAAAUUGCCGCCUGUAUAUGUAUAUUUUUCUUUACGUAUCACAAACGGAAAGAGAAGAUUGAUCGACAAAAAAAGCUCUUGAACUCUGAUUUUGAAAAUUCGGAGUUUUUGUGAGAGAAACUUUCAAGAAGGAUGGAAGAACAAAGAGAAGAGUGUCGUCCCAAGAACAAAGCGAAGAGCAAGAUUGACAUAAAGAGUUUAGAUGAACAGCUACAGAAGCAUCUUGAUAGAGUAGUUGAGUUAGAGAAGAAGAAGAAGAAUGAACAAGAGAAUUACAAAGUUAUGGAGAGAGUCGGAGCUACAGAAAUACAAGAGAUACAAGAGUGGGAAAUCGAUCCUGAAAAACUAAUUAUUAAAGGGGCGCCCUUUGCUCGUGGCACCUUUGCUUCUGUUCACAAAGGUGUUUACAAUGACCAAACCAUUGCAGUUAAAGUGUUGGAUUGGGGAGAAGAGGGAGAAAGACCAAAAGCUUUUCAAAGAGAUUUUCAGCGUGAGGUUUCUGUUUGGUAUGAACUUGAACAUCCCAAUGUUACUAAGUGCAUUGGAGCAACAACUAUGAUUACUUCAAACCUAAAACAACAGAGUAAUAACAAGAAGUUAAGCAGUAAUUCUGCUUGUGUGAUUACCGAGUAUCUCUCUGGAGGUACUCUCAAGUCUUACCUCAUCAAGUUUCGUGAGAGGAAGCUACCUAUGGAGGAUGUCUUGCAACUAGCACUUGACCUUGCGAGAGGACUGAGCUAUUUGCACUCGAAGAACAUUGUUCAUAGAGAUGUGAAAACAGAAAAUCUGCUUCUUGAUAACAAUCGGAUGGUCAAGAUAGCAGAUUUCGGUGUUGCUCGUCUUCAGGCUUUAAAUUUGAGUGAGAUGACAGGCAAUACCGGCACCCCUGGAUACAUGGCCCCUGAGGUAUUGGAGUCUAAACCAUAUGACAAAAAAUGCGAUGUUUACAGCUUUGGAAUUUGUUUAUGGGAGAUUUCUUGCUGCCAAAUGCCGUACUCUAACUAUUCAUUUUCAGAAUUAACUUCAGCUGUUGUAUAUAAAAAUUUACGACCACAAAUACCUAAAAGUUGUCCAAGCUCCUUGGCCAAAGUAAUGAAAAGAUGUUGGGAUGCAGAACCAAGCAAAAGGCCGGAAAUGGAGGAAGUUGUUACCAUGUUAGAGAAUAUUGACAACUCAAAACAUCCCCACGGUUGCUUCUGCUUCUCCAUGCUGGACGGUUGACAAAGCACAUGAAUUUGGUAGAUAUUACAACUUGUAAUAUCUAUUUGUUAGCACUUAGCGUUGGCAGAUUGUGAAGGAUUGAAAAGGGUGCAAUCUUUUUGUGUGU